UCUCUCUUCCCCAUAAAUUCGAUCAUUUUCCACUUGGAUCUCCUUCAAUCCCAAAACCAGCAAUUGGAUUUCUGCUUUUCCUCAGUUUCGUCAACUGGGUCUCCAUCACUUUCUACUAAUAUCUUUGGCUUGUUGUGAAGUUCGUGAACUAUUUCUAAUUCUCAGAGGCGAAACGUCGAACAGAAACAAUGGCAUCUAUGGGGUUUCUUCCUUUUAUCUUUGAGACAAAGUCAGAGAGCUCUGUGCUUCUUAACAGUUCAAAGACUCGCCGACCCAGGUUCCCGUUCUUCGCAUACCGCCCAAGGGAGCCGCUCGAUUCUGCUGGGAAUACCAGUUUAUCAUUUGGAUAUUGGAAAGCUGCGGGAAAAGAUUGUGCUGUAUUAUCUUUAAGCUGUGAUGGACCGAUAGGUGGAUUCUGUAGAGGACAGCAACGGAGAAUUACGCCUCUGAAGGCUACUUCCAAGGGCUUCGUGGAAGGUGAGGGUGGCGGCAAUGAAGUGGAGGAUGCGCUUCAGGCCACCAUCGAAAAGAGCCAGAAGGUCCUUGCUAUGCAAAAAGAACUACUUCAACAGAUCGCUGAAAGAAGGAAACUGGUUUCGUCCAUAAAAAAUGAUGUUAUAAAUCAAGAGGAUGAUGAGGUUUCGGGAAGGGGCAAUGCUUCUGCAAAUCUGGAUCUUCUUUCAGAUAGUGACAAUACUAUUGAUGAACGUACGAGCAGUAUUCCUUCCAGCAGCUAUGCCUUUUUGACUGUAGAUGAGGUGCCAGAAAAUCUACCUUCGAAUAGUGGUGGUGAUUUUGAUGAAGUUAAGAAGGAAUCUGAAAAAGUGGCACUUCUUAAAAAAGCUUCAUCUGAUCCAGACUCCACUAAACAAUUAGAAGAAGCUAAUACAAAAGAAGUAUGGUCAGAUAGUCUGCCUUCUUUCCUUUCAAGCUCCUCUGAAAGUUCCAGUGAAGGCGAUGGCAAUCAGGAAAUUUCUACUAAAACAAGUUUGACAGAGGUGGAUGGCGAGGCAAGUGAUCCUGUGAUCGAAGACAUCAAACCCCCUCCUUUGGCUGGGGCCAACAUAAUGAACGUUGUUUUGGUAGCUGCAGAAUGUGCUCCAUGGUCUAAAACAGGUGGGCUGGGAGAUGUUGCUGGUGCUUUGCCAAAGGCUUUGGCUCGGCGUGGACAUCGGGUUAUGGUAGUAGCACCUCUGUAUGGGAAUUAUGCUGAACCCCAAGAUGCAGGAAUUCGGAAGAUUUAUAGGGUGGAUAGGCAGGAUAUGGAAGUACGUUACUUCCAAGCCUAUAUUGACGGUGUGGACUUUGUUUUCAUUGAGAGUCCUAUGUUUCGGCACAUGGGGAAUAACAUAUAUGGAGGAAAUCGAAUGGAUAUUUUGAAACGCAUGGUAUUGUUUUGCAAGGCUGCUGUUGAGGUUCCUUGGCAUGUUCCAUGUGGUGGUAUCUGCUAUGGAGAUGGAAAUUUGGUUUUCAUUGCGAAUGAUUGGCAUACAGCAUUGUUGCCUGUGUAUCUGAAGGCAUACUAUCGAGACCACGGUUUAAUGAAAUAUACACGGUCCAUCCUUGUUAUUCAUAAUAUAGCUCACCAGGGUCGGGGGCCACUUGAUGAUUUCACCUAUGUCGAUCUGCCAGAACACUACUUGGAAAUAUUUAAACAGUAUGAUCCUGUAGGAGGUGUGCACUUCAAUAUCUUUGCGGCUGGUUUAAAAACAGCAGAUCGUAUUGUUACUGUUAGUCAUGGAUAUUCCUGGGAGCUUAAAACUUCUGAAGGUGGUUGGGGUUUGCAUGGGAUCAUAAAUGAAAAUGACUGGAAAUUGAGGGGUAUUGUGAAUGGAAUUGAUACGAAAGACUGGAACCCACAAUUUGAUGUUUACCUGGCAUCAGAUGGUUACACAAACUACUCCAUUGAAACACUUAAAACUGGCAAGCGUCAGUGCAAGGAAGCCUUACAGAAGGAGCUUGGUCUACCCAUUCGAGAGGAUGUCCCUGUGAUUGGUUUCAUUGGGAGACUGGAUCACCAAAAAGGUGUUGAUCUAAUAGCGGAGGCAAUCCCAUGGAUGGCGGGUCAGGACGUGCAAUUAAUCAUGCUGGGCACUGGCAGACCCGACCUGGAGCAAUUGCUCAGGCAGUUUGAGAAACAACACCAUGACAAAAUCAGGGGCUGGGUUGGUUUUUCUGUUAAGACAGCACACCGAAUAACUGCGGGUUCAGACAUUUUGCUCAUGCCAUCAAGAUUUGAGCCUUGCGGACUGAACCAGUUGUAUGCUAUGAACUAUGGGACGGUUCCAGUUGUGCAUGCUGUGGGUGGACUGCGAGAUACUGUGCAGCCAUUCGAUCCAUUCAACGAGUCAGGGCUUGGGUGGACAUUUGAUAGUGCUGAUGCAAAUAAGCUAAUACACGCGUUAUGGAACUGCUUACUGACAUACCGAGAAUACAAGCAGAGUUGGGAAGGAAUCCAGAAACGAGGGAUGAUGCAAGACCUGAGUUGGGACAAUGCUGCUCAGAAUUACGAGGAGAUACUUAUUGCUGCCAAGUACCAAUGGUGAGACUAUUUGAACUUCUUGCAAGCUCAAUGGAACUGGGCUCAUACAUUUGGGCUCGCAAUGCCAGAGUUAUGUUGGGAAAAGAAAGGGUGAAACUUGUUUGGGGGUAAAUAUUGGUGGAAGAUUUUCUUUGUUUACCAAUUUUUAGACUAGCAUGGAGGUCAAAGCAUUCCAUUGCUUGGUUUUUAUGGGCCACUUGACCUUCUAGUUUGUUCUUUGGGUACAAUCAAUGUGUAAAGUAGCGGAAGUGAGAUUCAACGGUUGUCAAAACAUAGGAUGAAUAAUAAUGGCUGAAUGCAAAGGCUGACAUUUUAGCUCCAA